CCAAUCGACCCUUUUCGCUUCUCUUUUUCUUUCGACCUAAUUGCGCCAAAAAAGAUUUCCUUUUUUCUCUCUUCCUUUCUUUCGACGUAAUUGCGCCAUCGAUUUAUUUGUGGAUCCCAAUCAUUGUGACUCGCUUCGUGGUGUCUUUGCUCCUCUAGGGUUGGGCGUCCUGGGGAGGGAGGACUUGCUCGGCUGGAUUUGUGAUCGAUUGCUUAGAUGGACCGCCGUGCUCUUCUCUCGCCGUGGAGAUCGAAUCGCCUCAUAUGUGGCGAAUUGACCGCCGCUUGAUUGCGUAUAAUCUUUCUGCGUCACUCUUGACGAUGGAAGAAGGGGACCUCGAUUUCUCCAAUCCUGAGGUCUUCUCUGGCCCGAACGCCGGUGACCUUCCAAGCGGCUGCUCGAUGGAUAGUGUUUUCGACAACAUCUUCAACGACAGCCAGCAGCAUACAUGCACACACACCCACACUUGCAACCCUCCGGGUCCCGAUCUCUCACACACCCACACCUGCUUCCAUGUCCACACCAAAAUUCUCUCAGCUCCCGCGGAUGAGACUGCUGAGUCUGCAGGGAAGAGCUCUCCAACGAAGAAAAGGUCAUGCGGCAAUAGAGAAGCCGUUCGCAAGUAUAGGGAGAAGAAGAAGGCCCAUGCGGCAUCCCUGGAGGAAGAGGUGGCUCAACUAAGAGCAAUUAACCAGCAACUCAUGAAGAGACUUCAGAGCCAAGCUGCUCUUGAAGCUGAGGUUGCGAGGCUUAGAUGCUUGCUUGUGGAUCUAAGGGGGAGGAUUGAGGGAGAGAUCGGAUCUUUUCCAUAUCAGAGGACUGUGAAAGGGAGUGGAGAUUUUGUUUCUAAUGUGAGCCAGGCCAACAUGCUGGGUGAUGCUGAGGUUCUAAACUCAUGUGGUUUCCGUUGUGAUGAUCAGGUAUCGUGCCUUUACCCAGGGAUGCAAGGGAGAAACGUUGGAGAAAAUGGUGCAUUUAAUGGCCAGGGUGUUCAAGCCUGUGAGAUUGGUAAUAUUCAGUGCAUGGGGAGUUCGACUUCUGGAUAUAAGGACUGCUUUGGCUGCGGAAAUGGGGCUGCAACACCUGUUGACUGCUCAUCUAAUGCCAAAAAGAUAGGCGAAAGUUGAGCUGGCUCCAUAGUAGGACUUGUCAACCUGGCAUAAUUGUCAGCGAUAUAUGUUAUUCAGCAUGCCCAUACUGGUUGACAAAUCAAGAUAAGUAUUUCUCAAUGCUCUAAAUUUGGGUUUUUGAACUAUAUUUGGCAUGUUGUAUAACUUUCUAUGCUGAUAUUCACACCAGGUUGGUAAGUCAAAUAUUGCAUGCAGCCAUAUUAACAUUUGUCAAGAUUUAUGAUUAGAAUUUGACAAUAAGACUAGAUUAAAGCACCGGUUUCAGUUUAUGGAGCUAGUUCCCACAAUUGGAAAAAAGUUUAGGAACCAAAUUAAAAUUUGCCUUAAUGUCUAACUACAAAUGGCAUAGCAGUGUUUUUAAAAACGCUAGGUGCCAAAAGGUACCAAGCUCCUAAAAUGCAUGAGGCGCUCACCUAGGCACCCGCUUGAGCGAAGAGAGGCACUUCAGAAAAUUAAAAUUUUAAAACAUAUAUUAUAAUUGAUAAAUAUGAUUAUAAAAAAUAAAAAUAACAUAAUAUAUGUUCAAUCGAUGGAGACCUAUGCUAAACAAGUUUCCAACCAAUUGUAAACAGUUCUAAAGGGUGGAUCAAUAUGGUGCAAAAUAGAUCUAACCAAUGCCAAAGAGUGGAUCAGUAUGGUGCUAAAUAGUUCUAUCCAGAGAGUUUUAAAGAGUGGAUCAACAUGGUGCUAAAUAGUUCUAACUGGUGUUAAAGAGUUCUAAAGAGUGGAUCAGAUAUAUUUGGAGGGAGGGGAAGAAGCUGUCGCUGCCAUCGGAGGAAGACCCGUUGCUGCUGUUGGAGGAAGAUGCUGCCAGUGUCGCUGUUGCUGUUGUUCACCGAUGGGAGGAACUCCGCCACCUUGAGAAACGUAGUGGGGAAAAGGAAUUCUGCGUAGGACACUCGCGGGUGGGGUUCUACGAUGGAUACUUGGUUCGAUCGAACCAGAUAAGUAUUUUGGUUUGAGUCAGGUUUGAGUUGAACCAGGUGAGGGCCUGGCCCACCCAACGCCUGGGCCCAGGCGAGUGCCUAGGUCACGACUAAGUCAAGUCGCUUGCUUAACCCAAUAGGCGGGCGCUUGGGCUUCACCUCACCUUGCUUGGGUGCUUAGGCAAGCGUUCGGGUGCCCAGUGACUUCACUGUGGUAUAGUGUACAUGGUUUGCAGUACCGGUCCAUACCGCCCGAUACGGGCGGUACGUACCGGUCCGACAGGCUUCCGGUACGCAGACCACCUGUUACUGGUCCGGUACUGUGGCAGUACUGUAGCACUACUACAGUACUCGGCACGCCUGAAUAUACCGCUUGGUACACCUGGGUGUACCGAGCAGUAUACCGUACCGUACCGGUACCGAGCCCAGAUCGAAACUCUGGUACGGUACGGUAUUGCGAACCUUGAUAGUGUAUGUGAUUCUAUUUAAUGUGCUAAUGAUGAUCAAGCUUGAAUCAAGUUUGAGAUGAACACGAAGUUGACUCGAUUAUAUGGCUUGAUCAAGCACUAAGCUGACUGCUAGAUUUUUACAUUUCUAACAAGCUAUCUAAACAAAGAACUUUGAGCUUUUCUCCAGCAUAAAUUAUUUUGCUUGGCUGAGUUUGAACAUGGUAAAGCUCAUUAUAGCAUUAGUGAUCCAAUUGAGAGGAACAUUCAUUAAAAUUUCGAUGCAUUGGCCCAAGUUGCUUGUUUAGAUUCCUUGCUAUCCUCUUAGUUCAGGCAUCUUUUGCGUUUUAGUACAGUUAUGUUGAACAAAAUAACAUAUCUGAAAAUUUUGUUCAAACUUCAAAGCAUGGGCACUUGGUGUUUAUAGGACAAUGAUUGCUUGUCACUUAAGGUGGUUGGAUGAUCUCCGUCUAUCUUUGGGUGACGUAAUUUAGAUUACAGGUGGAAAGAGAUAAGAGAAAGAGGAGGAAGGGAAGAAGGGCAAGUGUUAGCCUUAGGAGGGGAAGAAGAGGUGAGGAUCAAUGAAGGAGAUGAACUACUGAAAUGAGCAGUAACCAUGGGAUGGGCAGGAGAAGAAGAAGAGGGAAGUGGAAGAAAGCAACAAAACUUGAUUAUGGCUAAGAAAUAAAGGAAAAUCAUCACCACGUAAGAUUUAUCAUUCAUUGUUAAAUGAUGAUUUGGAAAGAUGGAAAUUGAUUGAAGCUUGCAUGAAAACUAUAAUUCUUCUAAAAUACUAUAGGUGGAAAUAUAUUUGAGUUUUAAGUUAUGUCUGCCUUGAUUUAAUCAGCCCAACUGCUCAACUAGGUUUUAGAUUGUUAAGCAUAAAGCUUAUUGUUGAAAUGUAAUUGUUGGACCUCAAAAACGACUAAUCUGCGAUGCAUAAAAUGUUAGCUGUGAAUCUUGUGCAGCGGUGCUGCUGAUACAUAGAUGUUCUUGAUUUUCCAAAUGCAGUCCCCUUUGAUCAUACAGAUAAACGUACAACCAAAGUCAUGCUUGACUAAUGCUCAAGAUCAUCAGAAGACUGUGCAAGAGGGGAUGCCAAGACAAUGAGAUAAGCUAAGAUGAAAAUGAUGUUUUACUAGGUUGCACUUUCUUGCUGAUUUUGGCCAAGCAUGGUGCACAAUGAUCAAACGAACGGAACUUAGACAUAAAUUCAUCAUCUUUGAUGAAUUGAAAAAUAAAACCAUAAGAAUUAUAUGAAUUUCUUUUGACAUCAUUUUUUUUGUGAAACGUAUCAAAGUUAGUCUGCUGGCUGGUAAUCCAAGGUUAUGUGAGCCACCUAUAUUGCCUGCUUUAUAUCUCUUGCUUUUGAUAACUAAUGUUGUUACAAACUGGACUGCUGAGCUACAAAACUGCAGCAUAACUUUAUACUCGAAAGAAGCUAAAAAAUUAUUAGAUAAUUCGGUCAUAAGGAAAGAUAUGCAUUACUAAGAAAGAAAAACUUUGAACAUUGUGUGUCUUUUCUGAAAAUUGCACAGGAACUACUUUAUUUUGUUAGCUAGUGUGUUAAUGUACCUUGGAUCCUUGACCCUAAUUGUAGGAUAUAAUCCUACUGAGAGUUAUAUGUUUGCACGUGUAUUGCUUUGAACUUUGUGUGGUGACCUCCUUGUGGAAGAAUCUUUCUCAAGUUAACCUUAGAUAAGCACUACUUUACCCAAGAAACCCUGUAGUUAGUCUUUGAGCUGGGUUUUAACACAAUGCAAACCGAUGGUAAUUAGAGUUAUUGAAUGUUUAAGAUUUAUUUAAAACAUUGUCAUGCAACUGGCUAAUUUUAUAAUAAUGUAGCUGCUGAUGGAUUUGACAUAUACAACAAGAAGCCGGCAAUGUCCUGAUUCUUGUGGGAUAGGUUUGACAUACUGUUAAUUUGUAAGAGCUCUUAGUGAUAAAAACUAUAUAUAUUUUUUAUUGGACUUCUAGGCAACUGAAGAUAUCAUGAAUGAUAAUUGUUGAUGAAUUAGCUGUUAGCAGUUUGGUUUCUUCUUUUCUGUAAUGACUUGCAAUUUUCAAUUCAAGAAUUACAGACUUAAUUUUCUAAAUUGAGUCACUUCGAGUACUUAAUGCAUUAAUAAACUAUCCAUUAUAAUUUGACUAAUUUGUAAUUGAGAAAUUUCAUGUGUUUGUCUCUGUCACCAUAUGUCUGAAGGCUAGUUUGUCUUUUUUCAUUGUUUCACUUGUUGAUGGAAAAGCACACAACGGUAAAAUGGUUAAUAAGUAUGGCAUUCAAGAGCAUAGGUUUUCCCUCUGAGUUUAAAUGGAAAACCUAUUAUUUAUGUUGAAUGAAUAUUUAAAUUAGUGAAGUUAUUGUUUCACUUGCACAAGGUGUUCAAGUCAUGUUACUCUGCUAUACUACUACACGUCCAGAUUCUUCCUUUUUGUCUCCAUCCAAUUUUUUUGGUUGGUAACUUCCUUUGCUCCAUGAUCAUAUGUGCAAUCUUAUUGUUCCUUGUUUUUAUGGUUUUUGCAGGAGCUCAUGCGACAAAGGAGGAUUUAUGAUUCGUUCUCCAACAUUUGAUGGAAGUAAUGAAUUAAUGGUGGUUCAAAGGAAAA